CCCGUUUCCGCUGUCCGCAGGGGCACCAUCUUUUCCUCUUUCUCACUACACAAUGUCUCUCCGGAGGCCAGUACGCACCACGUCUUCACCCAUCUCCCUCUCGCUCUUUUCUUUCUUCUUGAUCUGGGCUAGUGCAGUCGUCGCGAUACAGGAUGACAACAACGCAGACUCGUUUAGCUGCCAGUUCUCAAUAGGAUCGCUGAAAUAUGACAUGACACCUCUUGCUGGCCCAAAGUCGGUGACCCGAGAAAGAGAGACACCUCCGAGCACGAUGCUCGACUCGUUGCGAUUUGACUUGUGUGAUGAGCUACCAGCUCUGGACGAUGUCCCUCAAGGAGACCAGUGUGAAACAGGCACGCGAGCAUGUUUGACAAAGACGAAUCGGAAAGGAGACAACUCGGAUCGAAUAGUCGCGGUCAUUCCCGUGGCUCAGACGGCCUCCCUCCGCCCAGAUUAUUCCACAAUUUCUUCGCCGGAUGGUGUCUCUCUUAAAUUCCAUGGCGCUUCCUACCCCGCUUCUGCGUCUUCACCAACACCACAGUCGUUACGUUUCAGUCUCAUCUGCAACAAAGAUAGCACCUCCGAUCCUGUCUUCUCCUCAUAUGAAAACGGUGAAGUACAUGUUGAAUGGAAUACUACAGUUGCUUGCGGCCGCUCAGCGGACGACAAGCCCGACAACGAAGACGAGACACCCGAUCCUAAUCCCGACUCGCCCUCGUCAGAGAAAGUCGGUAGUGGAAUAGGCUGGUUCUUUUUGGUGUUACUGUUGGCGAUCUUGGCGUACUUUGGUGUGGGUGCCUACUACAACUACUCUAACUAUGGGGCUCGCGGCCUGGAUCUCAUACCACACCGGACCUUCUGGAGAGAAGUUCCCUACAUGUUACAAGAUGUGGUUUCUCACCUGUGCUCGUCAGUUCGUCCACGACGCAUGUCGAACAGGGGAUAUAUAGCUGUAUGAGCAGUGCUAGUGAACGUCCUAGCGUUUGCGGUUCUCAGGCUUUCCGUCACUAUGAUGCUGGUUAUAGUAGGCUGGGGUGUCGAGGAUCACCCGUCUUUCCGAGUAGAGCUUACAGUCGUAAUAUAGUCGGGUCUCAUAAUAUCGUAAUGCUUAGUGACAAGUUUUGGUUUGCAACACCG